GUUUGACUCCCUCACCAGAACAAAACUGAGCGGCGACGACGCCUCUUCGAGACUCUCCUGUUCGCUGCUCUCCGCUCACCAUGGAGAGCGUUACGCAACUCUUUUUAGCAGCGCUGCUAUUCCUUUUCACUUCCAACGGGUUUUGUAACCAGAGAGUUCAUUGCCAGUGGGGGCCGUAUGGGGACUGGUUCGAGUGUGAUGGCUGCACUAAAUUACAGUCCAGAAGCCGAGCGAUGGCUGUCUACGCUCAGUUCGGAGGGAACCCCUGUGAUGGGGAGCGGUCUCAGACCCGGGCCUGUGAAACCACACGCGGCUGCCCUCUAGAGGACGGAUGUGGAGACAGGUUUCGCUGCCGAUCGGGGAAGUGCAUCAGCCAGUCUCUGGUGUGUAACGGAGAUCAGGACUGUGAGGAAGACGGACAUGACGAACGGGGCUGCGACAUGGAAAAACACAUCGUGUGUCUCAAGUCAGUUCCGCCGCCUAACAUUGACCUCCUCGGACUCGGAUUUGAUGUGGUGUCGGGGAGGCGGAGGGCACCUGUCGUCGACACAAAGAGCUUCGGGGGACAGUGUCGCGUCAUCUACAGCGGUGUCCACAAUGCCCUCUACAGACUGCCCCUGAGUACCAUUCAGUACAGCUUCAUGGUUAAAGCUCAGAAUGACUUCAGUGAUGAGAUGUACUCCAGCAAAUGGCACUAUGCGAAGGACAUUGUCAACAGACAGAAAGUGACCGGGACCACGACAGGAUACAACAACUAUGACUUCCACGAGACACAGGACCGGAGCCAGACCCAAAAGCUAUUGGUUCUAAAGAAUGACAUUGAGGUAGCUCAGUUCCAGAGCAACUCUCCUCAGCACCUCCCACUGUCUGAGGGGUUCUGGAAGGCGCUGGUUAAACUCCCCUCGGUCUACGACUUCGCCGCCUACAGGACGGUUUUACAGAGGUUUGGGACGCACUACCUGUCAGAAGGAAGCCUGGGAGGCUCCUUCAGGAUCGUUGGCAAGAUUGAUGAAGCAACUGAAAAACAAAUGGUCAGCACAAGCUAUCAGUACGACGAGUGUGCAAAGACUAAACGUUGGUUUUUAAUAUUCCCCAUCAAACACGUGUCCUGCAAGAGAGGUCAAGAUGAAGUCACAUUCCACAGCGGAAAUUCCAGGAGCAAUAAUGUGAAAAAAGUGAACGUGCUGGGAGGAGACAUCCAAUUUAUCGCAGGGCUGACGAACAUGCAGCUCUCUGACCCGGACAGGAACUGGGAAAUGUACUCGAACUGGGCUGAGUCUGUUCGGUACUUUCCAGAUGUCGUAAAACAAACACUGCGGCCGCUGUCGGAGCUGGUGAAAGAGGUCCAGUGUGCUGGGGUGAAGAGACUCUACCUCCGCAGGGCCAUCGAGCAGCACCUGGCUGAGAGCGACACCUGCCACUGCCGGCCCUGCAGUAACAAUGGCCUGGUUGUCAUGGCUGCAGAUGAAUGCAAAUGCAUCUGUAAGCCCGACACAUCAGGACUGGCCUGUGAGCAGGGAAGUGAAGUGGAGGGUCAGCCGGGAGUGAUCCAUGGCGGUUGGGCCUGCUGGUCCUCCUGGUCGGGGUGCUCUGGGGUUCGAAGAACAAGAAGACGUUCUUGCUCUAAUCCCACUCCUCAGAACGGGGGGCAACAAUGCACCGGAGAACCCGCUGAGGAGUCUGACUGCGAAGACCAAGACCUGCAACACUUGAAAGACAUGGAGCCUCACUGCUUUGACCAAACUCUCUCAGCCAAUCAGAUGUGUGGAAACCCACCUGGUCUAAUCAACGGCUACAUCCUGGUCCCGAAGGACAUUUACCUUGUGGGUAGUACGGUUGAGUACACCUGUACUGGCAGUUAUUAUCUCGUUGGUGACAGCAUCCUAGAAUGCACUGCUCAUCAAACCUGGUCCACCAGCCCUGGCCUGUGCACGGUCUCCAGGUGCAACAUUCAGUCCCUCUCUGAUGACAUCACAGCCUCUCCUUCGCAGCAGACCUAUGGCAUCGGGGACACGGUCACCUUGUCCUGUCCGGCAGGUCGACAGCUACUCGGAGAACCGACCGUGAUAUGUGACCCCAGUCUGCAUUUUUCCCCAGAUCCUACAGACAUCAAAUGCAGCCCAGUCAGCACACCACAACCACGCAGCUCUCCUGUCGUGCAAUGUCAACCGUGGGAGAAAUCCUCCAGAGGAAAAUGUGUUUGCAAAAUGCCUUUCGAGUGCAGCAGUUCAUCUUUGGAGGUGUGCGCCACUAAUCCUGUGAAUAGAAGGACAGUUCUUCUCAAUGUCUGCAAAAUGCAUGCUCUGCAUUGUAUGGGGAAGACCCAGAUGAUAGCAGAGGACAGCACAUGCAAGUGGCCGGAGCGCAACACAACGGGCUGCACCAUGUGUCACAUGUGGGAGGCGUGCGAUGAUCAAACCAACAUGUGUCGCUGCAAAGACUCUGCAGAUUGCUUGACCCCGGGAUUAAAUGUGUGCGUAACAGUUGGGGACGAUGCCGCCGCAGUGUCGCAGACGAUGAGCGAGUGUGACGCAGGACUACGGCGAUGUAAGGGAGGAAAGGUGUCAGUGGUCAGUAUCCUGCCUUGUGCUGCCGAAGACACGGCUUCGACCACACGGCUUUAAAUCGCCACCUUCCUUUACACUUUAAUCCCGAUAACACUCAUAGUUUUCCAGUGAAGUAAUCAUAAAGAACACGGUUAUGAAUGUAUACAACUAUAAUGUAAAACUGUAUCAAAACAAUGAAUAAAUAGCAACAUGGUAAAUGGCCCUGCUGAACAUGUGUGUCUGAACCGAACUGUCAACUGUAACACCGGCUAUUUGACAUCAUAAAAAGGACAAGGUAGAAUGCCAUGAAAAGGUCAAAAAUGGUCCUCGUAUAAUAUGCCAUUAGAUUUUAUAAAAAGUUAAAAUAUAGUAUGCCAUGAAAACAAGUGAUAAGUAAAGUGAUAUUAUGAUAUGCCAUAUAAAUGUCAUAUUUAGUAAUAAAAACAUCAUAAGAUUAUAUACCAUACACAUAUCACACCACAUUUCUUUUGCUUAUAUGCCAUGAAAAUAUUAUAAAUAGACAGUAUAGUAUACCAUAAAAAUACACAAUGAAUACAUUAUAUAAUAUGGAAUAAAAAAGUUCAAAGGCAUUGUAUACUAUGGCGUAAGAAAGUAUUUUUUUUAAAUUGUAUGAAAAUGUCAUAGAAUAUUUUUCUAAUUAUUUUUAUAAUAGUCUUAUACCAUAAAAGGUAAUUAUAAAGUAUGCCAGAAAAAGUAAAAUAUAUAAAAUAAAUAUCAUAACCUGUUGUGCCAUGACAAAGGUCAUAACAAUGCCUGUACACCAUAUAUCUCAUAUUCAAACCUGUUUCAACACUUCAAAAUCAUGUCUCUGUCACCAGUCAUUAUCCGAAAAAAGAAGUCAAUAAUGUCAUAGUUUAUUUUGUUUUUAGAAAAUCUAAAUAGUAAUAGUAAUAGUUAAUAUAUAGAUUAACAAGUGUUUGUCGGGAUUUCAAUCCACAAAGGAACCAUUUAUUCUCUAAAAAAUAUACUUUGUCUAUAUUCAGAGCAAUUGACAGUUUGUACUGUUUAUAUCAUAUAUGUCAUAUAAUGUAUUAUAUUGUUGUGUAUUAGGGACUUCUGUGUGUUCCCUCUAUUUCUCCAGCCUUCAGUAAAUACAGACACACACUGCUUGUUAUUAACAUAAUAAAAGAUUAUCUUGUUUUUA